AUGGACGCCGGGGCGUCUCUCGAUUUGGCGCGCCUCCUCCGCGCUGACACGGACGCGUCAACCCAUCAAGGGGAUGGCGCGACAACCGCCAAGGCGAGUGCGAGUUCGUCGAAUAGUGUCGUAUCCGUUGAGCUCGUCACGCGCCUUGCCCAGCGCCUGUCAGCAUCGCAGGACCGUAUCGCCAAGUUAGUGCGCAUUGAAAAAGCGAUUGCCGACUUUCAUGGGGAAGUUGUCGCAUUGGGGGGCGACCGCCAAGGUGCGUCCACCGACAAAGGCAGCACCGCCGCGACGCCAGUCACCCCGUCCGUCGGCGACGGAGAUACCCUCGCCUUGAUCCAUUCCUUGCGAACGUAUAUGCGCAUGCACGUGGCCUUUCGAGAUGACUACGAAGCCAUGCUCAAGUCGUCGCUCAAGACAGUGUCUGCCGCCAAAUUCAACGGCGAGUCAAGCGCCAAGGAGCAGGCAGCGCAGCUCACGCUCGAACGGGAUGCCUUGCUUCGAGACAAGCAGGCGUUGCUAGACCAAAUGGACGAAACGGAAGCCGUGAAAGCGCUCCUGACCGCCCAAACGAUGGAAGCGCUGGAGCAGUCGCACGCCGCGAAGGAGCACCUGCUUCAUCAGUUAGCCAACGCCCGCACAGACCUGAAGAAGGCCCAAGACGUGGUCGCUCAACUGGACGAGAAGGAACAAGUGAUCGUGGGGCUUACACAAAAGCUCGAGUCGAUGCAGCGAAGCACCGUGUGCGGCGACCAAGUGGCAAAGGCGAUGCCGAAAGGCGGGGGCGACGGUGCGGGACCGCGAAACGUGAAUCAAGACCCUGCCAUGCGCCAGUCGAACCUCAAAAUCUCGUACUUGGAGGCUGAGAACCAAGCCCACCGCAGCCAAAUCAAGGAGCUCAAGGUCAAGCUGCAGGGUUACACGAGUAGCACGCACGCCGCAGCGUUUGCCAAAGCUCAAACCGAUGCCGCGAGAUUCAAAGAGCGCGUGAACGACAUGGAAAGAAAGCUCGCGACGGCCGAGGCGACGUUGAUGAAGACUCGAGGUGAAUUGGCUGAAAAAGGCUCGCGACUGCAAGCGUUGCAGGCAGAAUACGAUAAAAUCUUCACCGCGUUGCAACGCGAAAGUGACAAGAAGCGCGAGCAUGCGGCCGCCGUGCCCGAGACUGUAUCGGACCACGACGCGAAUCGCAUCGCCAACGAGAACCAGUACGUGGCAGGCUUCUACCGGUCCAAGCUGGACCACCAAGCCGCCGAAAUCCUUGCCCUUCGCAAGCAGAUCAAGAAGAUGCUCACGCAGCAGCACCAAACGUAUUUCGACCAUUCGCUGCACAAAAAAGAGCACAUGCGGCUCCUGACUCGGUAUGCCGAGCUCAAACGGUUGGGUGACAUGGGCAGCGGCGCAACCACCAACCAGCAACUCCACCAUGCGUCGUCGGUGCCAGCGCUGCACACCCAGCGUCCUGACGUCGACAACAUCAAGCAACUCUGCCCAUAG